AUAUUAGAUACCUUUACCAAAUUUCCACUUGCCCCCUCCUUUUUACUCCACCCCACCUAUACAUACACCCAUCCUUGUACCGUUGUACGUAUCACCUUCAUCCCCCAAACGCUCCCCGAUCGGAGUUCUCACGGCUGUUUUUCCGUCCCUUUGCGUUGCUUUUUCCGUCGAUUUUGUAUUCUCCUCUGCAAUUUUCGAGGAAAAUUAGGCGCAGAAGUUAUUACAUACAUAAAAGGAGCCAUAUAUGGGCAACAUCGGGAGCAGCGGCGUCCACGGCCGGAGGAGGAGCUCGAGCCGCCGGAGCCACGCCAACCCUCACCCUCCCCCGCCCCCUCCGCAGGCCCCGCAGCCGGAGAUCGCCGCCAACCGAUACGUGUUCGCGGCGGCGACGCCGUAUCCCCAGUCGCAGUACCCCAACCCCGGCGCGCCGCCACCGUACUACCAGUUCCCCGGGUACUACCCGCCCCCCACGGCGAUUCCGACGCCGCUCCCCGCCCCUUACGACCACCGUCACCCUCCGGGGGCGGCGCACGCGACCUGGGGCAACGGGCGGUACCCCUACGGACCGAUGGCGCAGCCACCGUCCCCGCCGCAGCCACCGUACGUGGAGCACCAGAAGGCGGUCACGAUCCGGAACGACGUUAAUCUGAAGAAGGAGACGCUGAGGAUCGAGCCCGACGAGGCGAAUCCGGGGAAGUAUCUCGUCUCGUUCACGUUCGACGCCACGGUGGCUGGAAGUAUUAUAGUGAUUUUCUUUGCAAAGGAGGGUGAAGAUUGUUGCCUUACCCCAAUGAAAGAAAGCCUUCACCCACCCAUUACAGUGCAGUUUCAACAAGGCUUAGCCCAGAAGUUCAAGCAGCCAUCAGGAACCGGGAUAGACUUUUCAAUAUUUGAGGAGGGAGAGCUCUCGAAAGACUUGGACAUGGAUAUUUACCCGCUUGCAGUAAAAGCAGAGGCUUCCCCCGAAACCCAAUGUGGGAACUCAGAUGAGGGAGGCUCGACAAACUCACAGGUAACACAGGCCGUGUUUGAGAAGGACAAAGGAGAGUACCACGUUCGUGUGGUGAAGCAGAUAUUGUGGGUGAACGGCAUGAGGUACGAGUUGCAGGAGAUUUACGGGAUUGGGAACUCGGUCGAGGGGGAGUUUGAUGGGAAUGAUCCUGGGAAAGAGUGCGUAAUUUGCCUUUCUGAACCACGGGACACUACUGUUCUCCCGUGUCGCCACAUGUACAAUUGUUUUCCUUCUUCUUCUUCUUCUUCUACUCCUCCUCCUCCUAUUCUCAUUCUCCUAUUUGUGUAUGUGCAGCGAAUGUGCAAAAGUCUUGAGGUUCCAAACGAACAGGUGCCCAAUAUGCAGACAGCCAGUCGAGCGCCUUCUAGAAAUCAAGGUCAGCAAUGGCGGGACAGAGAACGAGGAAAAUUAAGCUGUGAUGACGAUGCCUCCAGUUCUGCUCUUAAACUUUACAGUGCACUUUGA